AUGAACAAAUUCCGGUCUGUUCUUACAUUGUGCAUGGUUAUUUUGGUGGCGGUAUUUGCCCAGGAGGAAGAAGGCACUGCCGAAGCUUCCGAAGCACCUGCUGAGUCUCAAGCGCAUCCCGAACCAAGCAAAAAGCCCUCCAAAGCUUGUAUACCGAAAGAUGGAAAGUGCAGCGGAACACUAAUUAAAGCUUGCUGCGGAAGCCUGCGUUUAUCAUCAGGGCGUAUGGACAAGGACUCGAACUCCGGACGUUUGAUAUUUGAGACCACCUCUCCUAGAUGGAGCGGUGGUUUACGGCGCCCACAAGAUCGAAGGCAUUCUGUAUAUACGGCUACAUUGCCCCGAGAACUGUUGACCAACAAAUAUCUGAUGUGCCAUGAAACAGAAAAAAUGCUACUCAAUACGACUACAAACAACUCCAUACCAUCUCAACGUGAUCUAGUUACUAGUCAUGCCCAGUCUCCCAUGAAGACGUUUCUCGAAGGUUCGGAUGCUGCAGACCAUUCUUACUUUCCGGAUAUCCAGCCGACUUACCUCUCAGGUGCUCGCGUGUUGCAUCGCUUUGCUGACGUCAAAGGUGACCUGACUCGUGAAGAUGCCUGCCAAAAUCUGCUACUCAUGGCUCCACGUUUUUGGCAGAAUGGGCUUCUCCUGGAGUGCGAGCUGAAAAAUUUCAUCAAUGGGAUUGGUGAUUUUGUAGUGUACGUUAACGUGAAGAAACUUAUGGCCAGAUACCGUGACAUAAAUGCACAUGGACUUUCAUGGCUAACCACACGCAGACUGAACAACGACUCGGGUAGCUGCAUGACGGCAACAGGUAUUAUCAAUAAUAUUGCAAUAUUUCGAGUUACUGACUUCUCGUCCCGUGAUUACUCUUCAAACAGUCGCGGUGAGCCAGAUUUGAAUGUUGCUUUAUUUUCAUGGGUUCUUGAAUGGAACACACAGCCAAGAUCUUUGAUGGACGACCUUGGGUUUUUCAGGAUUAUGGAUUACUGGUCCACAUACACGAACAUUUUGCUCAGAAGAGGCACAGUUCCUCCGAAAAGAAUCUGUAGUUUAGUUGAGUUUCUCAGAGUGGCUAAGCCGCGGUGGACCUAUUUCGUACAAAUAUUUCUUCCUCUGCUUUAUCGGCGUGGCUUUUGCAUAGACGGUAAAAUAACUUACAUGCUUCAACAGGUCGUCUACACAAAACAUUCCUUGGAGCAAAUCUCUGGACGCGGUUUCGCUUAUUUCACCGUUGUAAACUGCAAGUUGUACUUCAAACAUCCAGCGGUACUUAACAAACAGUUGAUCGCCACGUACGAGUUGACGCUGGACAAAACGGCUGACCGAUUCAAAGUUCAUCACCUGCUGGAGCAGCUAAACGAAGGAAGGUCGCGAUGCAGAUACAAUGGUUUCUCGCUUGCUUAUUUCCACUGA